AUGGUCCGCCUCAAGCACCGCUACCUGCUCGUCGACUUCCUCUACCCAUCGGCCGCAACUACUGCCCCCGACCUCCCUCCCGCCGUCCAGUUCCACCAGCCCAGCUCCGACAAGCUCACCCCCGGCUACCUCGUAAAAGUAAUCCGCGACGCCAUCGCCGAGCAAUUUGGCGACUAUGGCGCCGGCAUGACCAGCGGCACCCUAACCAUAAAAUACCUCUCCCCCGCAACCUCCACCGCCAUCAUCCGCGUCGCGCGCGACCACUACCGCCUCGUCUGGGCCGCGCUAACCAUGCUCUCGCGCCUCCCCGCCCCCAUCAGUCAAGACUGCGUCAUCCACGUCGUGCGCGUGUCGGGCACCAUCCGCAAAGCCGAGGAAGAGGCGAUCCGGCGCGCGAAAACCAGCAUGCGGCGAGCGCGCGGGGACAGCAGCGCGGGGCUAGCAGAUGCGCUCACGGGCGCUGGGCCGGCGAGGACCGAGGCCGAGCAGAAUGCGUUUAUGGGCGGCAUGCUUGACGAUGAGCCUGAGAGCGAGUGAUGCGCUGUUGUUAGUCGAGACGCCGAAUGACGGCUGUCUGAGUACUAGGUGCAUACAUCUGUCGCAAGAAGGCCAGCCAUCCCAUAUGGCAGAAACACGUCGCCUAAGCAAGCCAUCCACCCACCCACCCACUCCACGCGUCGACAAAACCUGCGCGUACGCCACUCCCGCCAGCGCUGCUUCUCUCGCACCACGCAGCAGCACUGUAGUAGCACGUGCGCACCAUGCACGCGCUGCACAACCGUCUGUAUCACCGUAUACACAGGGUCUGUGACGCAGUGAAAGAGGCAGGGAAAGGAUAGAGGAGGAUAGUGGGCGAUGGUGGUGGGCUCGGCUGUACAGUGGGUGGGUAUGGCGUAGCACCUUAUCUAUCCAAUGGGCCAUCGCCAUAAAGGGAACGCCCACGCACAUCAGGGACGAGAAAGAAGCAAGAAGUCGUAGAUUCAGAACAAAGCAUCCUGGCUUGUCUGCUUGUCUGCUCG